AUGGUUUAUUCAAUUACUUGCUAUGAGUGCACAAGUUCCCAGGGAACAGAUUGCAAAUUGGCGGCCUCUUCAUGCAGAUAUGGUUUUUUUGGGUGUGUAAAGAUAGCGGUUUUGGAUGGAGGAGUUGAUAGAAUGGGUAAUUUCUAUGACGAAGAGCGUCAUAUCGGUUUGAUGAUGCGCGGAUGCGCACUUCUUCCAAUGGGAGGAGUUGAUAUGUGUGAACAGUCGAGUAUAUUUGGAUACAGAGUUUUAAAGUGUACUUGUUUCAACGACUAUUGCAACACGUCGACAAAUCGACGCUUUGCAUUCUUUUUCUUUAUUUUAUGGAGAUUAUAUUUAUUAACU